GAACGCUCUCAGUGCCGCGGGAUGCCCAGGCCUCUCUGCCUUCAGCCACAGCUCCGCGGCCGGCUCCGCACCGCCCAGCAGCAACGGGCUCCCAGCUCCGCAGCGGGGCCGGGCCCCCGCUCCCCGCAGCCUCCCGGAGCCGCUCGCAGGCCCCGCUCCGCCGCCGGCUCGGCACCGCGCCUGGAAUUACAACACCGCGGGCGCAGACGCAGGGGGAGGGCGAAGGCGGCCAGACAGAGCGGCGUGCGCCGGGCCUGCCCGGCCCCGCCGGCGGCCCCGUGCCCACGCAGGAAGCCGGCGGCCCCGGGCGCCCCCGCGCUUCGCCCGCCGACGGUCGCCGAGCAUCGGCCCAAGCCGCGGUGGGCGCUCAGCGGGGGAAGCGGUCGGGCCGGAGAGCCGCGGCUUCCCUCCCGGGCGGUAGCGCAGGCCGCAGCUAGCCACCGCCUGAGGCUCCGCGCGCCGCUGCCGAGAGGGCCGUCGAGAAUUUUCCCAGCGAAAUUGGCGCGGGAGCGCCUGUAGGAGGCGCCAGAGAGGGCAGGCAGGUGACACUGGCAGCUGCCCAUGGAAAAACGAAGGCCUCACACUGCUCCUUUAGCUCUGUGGAAAAAUAGUUCCGAAAACGUUGACGUCCCAGCGCCUUAUGAGAGAUAAGAGUGCCAUUACAAUGAACAGAAUUGUUCAUUUGCUUUUUUCCAUUUCCUGUUUCUCUAAGUAAACAAAGCUGGUUAGUUAGAUUGGAAUUCAUUGUAACUUCUGCAACGACCUUCUCUGUUCGCUGAUAAGGUUGCUAAAGGCUAUGAUUUGCAUUGCAUUUCCAAGAUCCUCGUCAUUAGGACAAAUUAGCAAAGUAACAAUUUGUCUGUCUGUCUUCAAGUGAUGUUUCCCAACAGUAAUGCUGAAGGAGCUUUAGUGACACUGUGCCAUGGGAUGAGUAGCCCGCAUGUGCCGAAUCUUUCAUUCAACAGAGUGGCAGCGACUCUAAUGUUGACACGGUCCCAUUACACAGUUCUUCUGUGUGAAGAACUUUGUACACAGGGCCAACCAUAGGGGGAAACUGAGAUCGUAUGGAUAACACAGACCUGCUCGCUUUCCCUUUGCUAUUGACCAAGACACCCUUUAGGCCAUCUGCCUGCCCAGAUGAGCUGUUUUUAGAGAGUAACCAAUUGGGAAGCAAUCUCACUUAGCCACAUGCAUGUAUGAUGUGGGAAGACCUGCUUUGCACAUCGUGCUGACCUUUCCGCAGACCAGCUCCAUUUUUGUCUGCUAGUGUCAUAUAGGGUUUGUGUUGUCUCCUUUGUGUAUAAGAUGAGCACACUGGCUCUGCAAUGUUGUUCACAUGUAUUGUACAUGCAGACUGUUAGGGAACUGCUUAGCUUGCAUUCUAUCCCAUAUAGUAAAACAAAAGAGGAAGUACAUUCAAACCAAUCAGCUUUGCAGACUCCUUUAAAACACAGGCAAUUAAAGGCACACCUAGUAAGUGUAGGUGGCCAGAUACUACAGAGAAAGGCAUUAAAAAAUGCAGGACUUGCAUUACUAGACUUGUAGAAAGAUUUUUCCGAUGAGCCAGAAAAUAAUGUAAGUGUCCAAGACAAAGAGAGCCAAGAAAGACAAAAUCACAGCGCUCAUGCCAAGCAAUACAGAACUGGUGUGCUUAUGUUUAUAAUUUCAAAGGAAAAUAUGAGUCUGCUGUUCCUCCGCUCUGUCUACUAUCAGAUUAUAGCAACAGAAUAGACACUCAAUAUGGAAGAAGAAUGCAACAUGCAUGUGUGUGCUCCCAAGCAGAACCAAAGCUGUUAGAGCUAGCAUCUCUUUCAAUAAUAGUCUGUGCGGUAAUACAGUCCUGCACUUUUCAGAUGUUGGGUAGUGAUUUAAAUCUAUUAUGCCUGAAUUCAGCAAAAGCCACUAGCCUUGAAAUUUGUUUUUGAGCCUGCAUAUGAAAUAGAUCGUUUUCAUCCAAUUUCUCAUAAGUAAAUUUGCAAAUCACAGAAAUUGCUGUCUCAGCUGCUACUUUUUAAAGCACUCAGGCACUGAAGAUAUCUCAGGUCACAUCAGAAAUUGUGUUGCUGAGGAUUUGGUUUGCACCACCCUGCCAGUAGGCCUAUUCAUAGCAUAAAUAAGGAGCAUCAGGCCAUGUAAAUACUAGUCUUAAUCACAAAGUAAAUUCAGUAAAAAUAAACUACAUUUUAAUAAUAUUAGGCCUGCAGAAGACAGCUUAAUCUUGAUCUAAAAUGAUGAAUCAUAACAACCUUGAAAGGUAGUUGCAUCACAGUAUUGUGCUGGAUGUCUGAUGAAACAUCACAUGGAAAUUACUGUAUUUUUCAAAACAUGCAGUACGUACAGUAUGGUUUCUAUUUCAGAAAGUAUAAACUUUUUUUGAGUUAUAUGGAUUAACACCAGAAGUAUGAAAACUGUAUGAUUAGACUGAAAUUAAUUGUUUACAUUGAUACAGCAGUCUGUACGUGAGAAGGAGUUUGUUGACCAGUGCUAAUGUGUGAGAUAUGCAGUAGGGUGAUGGAAACAUUUUCUGUACGUGCUGCUUUAGGAACCCAGUUGUAUUUCCCUUAGCGAAAGUAACUGUGGAAGUUAGUCAGAAAGAAUCAAACCCAUUUUGUUUUGACUUGCUUUGCUUACGUUGCAGAAAAGGUAGCGAUACCUGUUUAAAUCAAAGAUGAACAUUUUAGGUGAUAGGCAUUCAGAAAGACACAGGGUUCCAGCAAGCUAGUUAUCAGUAACAGACAUCUCACCUGGUCAAGAUUUAGCAAUCUGCAAAAGCUUGGACAUGUCAGGUUUUACUAACAUCAGGUAUUUAUUUUCCUGUUAAUAGAGCAACACUCAAAGACACUAUAGUCUGAAAAUUUGAAAAUAAACUUAACGUUAAUUCUGCACUUGACUAAGAUGGGUUGUGGAAGCCUAGCAUGAAAUACAGAAAGAGCAGUUCAAUACUGGCUGUCAUGAUGAAGAGAGCUGUAUUAAAAAAUAUAUUGAAUCAUGAAUUGGGUAGUCUUGCAGCUGCUUUCUUUUGUCAUUUCCUGUCCAGGAAUUUCUUACUAGUUCUUGGAAUCACUUGGGAACCGCAAAUCCUAAACAUAAAAAAGAACUUUAAGAACAAAGAGGUAUCUGUAGGUAGACGGUCAUCCAUCUGAUAGGACUUAAUCUCUGUAGAUUCUCCUUCCCUUCAGUCUCUGAAAUUCAUAUGUAUAAAAUCUGUGAUCCCAGUAGGUUUUUGAAAACUGUUUGCAAUUAGAUGAGCGCUUCACUGUUACUGUUACCAAAGUUAAUAUUCCAUGCUACAUAUUAAAAGAAUAUUACCCUUUAGACGGGACACAUUCCAUUCACUUUAUUUACAUUAGUUUGAUUUUGUCUUUUUUUUUGGAAUUAUUUUACUUGAAAACACAUUUUUUUUAUUAUGAAUUCAUUGGAACUGUCUGUUAGUUAGAAAUGAUAUGGAUCUUAUUAAGUGUUUUAAAUGUAAUCUUAAUUACUUAAAUAGGGUAGAAUCUAAUCUGUAAGAGAAGGUGGUUUUUUUCCUUCUUUUUCUAAAUCUAUUAGUGAAGCACUGAUAGUAAAAAGGCAGAAG